AUCGACCAGAUGAUCGAAGGAUCGAAGAAGACACAUGGCUAGCUAGCAGGCCUUCGAACUCACUCUCUUUUUGGUUGGAGUUGUUGGGAUUGAUUGAUCUAUUGUUUGUUGUUAGUCUACAGUACCAUUUCUGUGAUAGAGCAAGUCAAGAACCUACUCGUGUUGAUCAGCUAGCCUGUCAGGUCCAUUGCUGCUUGAAGAACAGACGAUACGACAGGAUCCGCGGCGCCGCUCCGGGUCGAGACUACUAUACUAUACUCACUGUAUAAUUGAAACCAUGGCUACGGACGACCUUCAGCACAAGAAUGACGGCUCGAUUGCGUUGUGUGCGAGCUGCGAUCGCUGUCGUUCCCGAAAGACCAAGUGCGAUGGCAAGCGGCCCUGUGGAAACUGCGCGAACAAGUACAUGAAGAAGCACAAGCUAUCGAGCAUCGAAGGAGUGGACUUUACCGAAUUCGAAUGCGUUUACUCUCCCGCAAAACGUCGUGGACCCGUACCUGGAAAAAGCGGUCAGACUCGCAAGGCGGGGGAUGCUUUCACCAAUGGAACUGCUGCCAUGGAUGUCGACCAACCGCCGGCGAUAGCGUCCUCGUCCGACACUAUGGCACAGCAAGUGCAGCAAAUGAUUGGAUCGACUCAAAUGACCUUGAUCCAGAAACUGCAACAACAAGCGGCGGGCAGCACCGAGCCCAUGCAGCAGGAUGACAGCGGCAGUGGUCACCGUUCUGCCCAACGAGUGAGGCGCGAAGUUGAUGCUACGACCCCGAGCAAUGGCAAUGAAAUUCCCAAAACCAUUGCCUCGCACACGCACUUGUUGGAUCGCAACGACGCGGAAGGCAAUCGUCUUCGAUCCUACUAUCGUUUGAGUAUCGACGAGUUGUAUCGUCUGCCGUUGACUCCCGAGAAUGACGAGUAUUGUGCCAAGUGGAAUGCCGCCAAUCCCGGAAAGCCCAGUAUGACGGCCGCCACCAUGCCCAAAGCGCAUUUGGCGGCCCUCAGCGCCUCCCGUUUUGCCGAAGUCGCGUUGGGAGCCGUCGUUCAUCAGGAACUCAGUAUGGCCAUGGAACUUUGCAAUGCCGUCGUUCACUGCCUUCGAGAAUGCGUCGCCGAGCCGGUGCAAGAUUCCUACCUCUUCGAAGUCACUCGAGCGUACUUUUUGUUGGGAGUCUUUCGGGCUUGUCGUGGAGACAUGGAGCGGUAUUUUAAAUACCGACGUGUCGCCAUGACCUACGCCGCAAAAUUGCCGGAUGCCACGGAGACACAAGUUCUCAUGGCAGCAGUCUCGUAUUUGGAUGCAUGGGCUUACAUGAUUUACAACGCAGACGAGGAGAAACUUCCAGCGGUCGACGGAUCGAUCCCUUCUGCUAUUCAAGGUGGUUGCGGAACUGGAGCUUGCAGCAAAAUUGCCAGCGAUCCGCAGAACCAGAACUGGAUUCAAGGGGCUCCCCCGGUUUACCUCAACAACGAAGCACCGUUGCCGUCCCGUGCCUUGGACGCUCUCGCUUGUGCCGUUAGGACCUGCUGUGAUCAGGCCAACAGUCGCUUUGCCGCAGUUGCUCGUGCAGCCGAGAGAGGAGAAGAACAAAUCACGGAAGAUCCAAAUAGUAACGCCGCCAACACACCAACCACAACGGCCGUCCUUGCAAACAACAAUGAACUCUGCAGUCGUAAUCUCAUACUGAGCGCCUUCACAUUGAUGCAGCAACACGAAUCCCUUACGGCAGCUUCCUUCCAUAAGAAUCGAGGGCAGCGUAUGGUGAUUUCUGCGAUGGACGCGUUCUUGGAAAACAACGAAGAUGACGAAUCCGGUGGCUUUACCGACUCUCAGAUUCAGAGCCUGUUGAGUGUUUGCAAUACAGCGAUUGAAAACCCAUUUUUGCUGUACCACGCUGGUCCGUCGUAUCACAUGGUAACGAAUGCGGCUGUCCUGUUGUGCCACUUGUUGAAUGGAAUGUAUGCCGAGAAAAUCGCAAAUGGAGCAAUGGGAGAGAUGGAAGCGGCAAUGUUCGAAGAAGCGUUGGACACUUUCAUUGCAGUGCGCAAACUCUUGACAAUUCAUCGCCGAAAGCUCCCUGUCAAAUUGCGUUGUCAUGGGAUUCCGCGACCAACCUUUGACAUCUUGGUCAAGGGUGGAUUGUCCUCGGCAGAGGAACAGGAACAGUUCCCAAAUAUCAAUUCUGGAAAAUUCCUGAUCGAUUUGGGCGAAACUGUGCUCUGCGCGUGCCGUGGGUGUCAAGGUUUUGUGCUCAUGGCAUGUUCUCCUUGUGUCGCCGCUGAACGUGCCAUGGCAGCUCAAGACCGUUUGGAAGAGGAAGACACCAAGGAACUCGAUGCAAUUGACCAAGGCGAUUUGGAUCGCGAACUCGACGACCUCGGAAACGAAUUCAAUUUGGACGAUGACGCAUUGCUUGGAAUGAUCUCACAACUUAUCCACUGAGAUCGCAGUGAAAAAAGGGUCCCCGACGUUUAGGAUUAUGAAUUGGGCAGUUCGAGGCAAGCUUUUGCGACGACCAGAAUGCGACAACUGUAGAAUUGCUCCGGCAUAUCGUCGUGGCAUCCGGGAGCGGCAAAAUUACGGUCCCAAGGGGUUCGAUACAGUUGUGCUAAGGUUGCGACGAAGCAAGGUAUACAGCAACCUCUUUUUAGUAGGAAAAUAGAUUAAACAUUUGACAUUGAUGGAUUGAGUACGAUAUUGGGGUUUUUUCUCUUUCUGGGUGUCAACCUACUAGCUGGUCGUCCCGGUGGGUGGGCGUAGGGCUGCUCGAACCUCGUCGACGAUUCUUAGAUAGUUGGGAUCAGUGAGACUAAAACCAACGAAUAUCAGAUGCUUCGUCAUGAGACUUGCUUGCACCAAUCCACCCAGAGCUCCCCGAGAUGAUUCGUAGGUUUCAUAAUCCUCCCUUGUGAUCACUAUCUCGUCAGGUACGCUUACGCAACCAUGCAUCUUCAAUAGCCACUGAGUGGCUUUCCUCUUUGGUUGAUAAGGAAUCACAGAGAGUUCUGCAGGUGUUGUCGGAGAACUUUUGAGAACAUGCACAAUAUUCUGACAUUCACAGGCUUUCUCAAUCAAUUGGUCAUAGUUUUGGGUAACC